AUGGAGGGAUUUGUGGCUCAAGUAGGUGAAGACAGAGAUUUAGCUGUAGCAUGGAGUAGUCUAAUCCCAUCGAAGGUUUCGGUCUUGGCUUGGAGAGUAUGGCAAAACAAAAUUCCCACUAGAGAUAACCUAGUCAAGAGAGGCAUCUUAGUCGAAUCUCAAAACCCAUGCCCAUUUGGUUGCUGUAGUGAGGAAAGUGUCGCGCACACUUUCUUCGAAUGUCCGUUAGCCUGGACUGCAUGGAGUGAGGUCCUAAGAUGGCUCUCCUUUUCUUCUGUUAUACAUAAUUCUGCAUUUCAAAAUUUUAUCCAAUUUGCAGGUUUUUCCAUAAGAGGGAGAGUGUUUAAAGAUAGAAUAUCGGUCCUAUGGUUCGCGUGCCUUUGGACUAUCUGGAAAAGGAGGAACAAACAGAUUUUCGGUAUCUCGGAGCGUCGAAGAAUUCCCAGCAUUUUUGACAUUCAGGAAACAUCCUGGAAGUGGCUAAAGUCAAAGGUUGGAGGUUUCAGUAAUUCCUUAAACCAGUUUAUCUCAUAUCCAAAAGAAUGCAUAGGAUGGUGA